AUGCUUAUAGCAUCGCAGGCAAUGCCUGCAGCAUCCCAGCCAAACUCUCUAGCAUCACAGAUGAUGGCCACAGCAUCAGAGAGAUUUGAUAUUAGCAUCAUAGGCAAUGCUAGUGGUAUCUCAGGAAAUGCCUCUAGCAUUCGAGCUAAUGCUAUUAGUACUCUAGGUGGUGCACGAAUCAUAACAGAAGGAUUGAGAAGAAAACUGAGCUCUAAAUUUGGGAUGAUUAAAGAAGUAACACUGAUACUUCGAAGACAAAAACAAGAUUGUGAAGCAAGAAAAGAAUCAUUUGAAUUACAUCAAAUGUCAGGUGAAAAUAUUGAAAAUUCUCGUUAUAUUCAACGUGAUAAUCAAUUUCUUAUUAUUAAUAAUAAAUCACUUGCUACAAAGAUCAGUUGGUUUUUCAACUAG